AUGAACUGCUUCCUGCUGCAGCUGCUGCUGCAGCAGCUGGAGCCCGUGCUGCGGGGCCAGGACGUGUGGGGUUUGCUGCUGCUGUCCUCGCUGCUGGGAGUUGCUGCUCACAUUUGCUGCAGCACAGUGCCAGUCUUGGGGGCCUCCAGCUUCGCCUGCUGCCUCCUUUGGGUGGAAGGAGUUUGCCGCAGCAGAGACACCUUCAUGACCAUACUGCCGCUCCCGGGUACCUUGCUGCUGCUGCUGCUGCUGCUGCUGCUGCUGCUGCUGCUGCUGCUGCUGCUGCUGCUGCUGUGGCUGCCUUCGUCGUGGUGCUUCUGCUGCUGCUGUUGCUGUCUUUGUCGCGGUGCUGCUGCUGCUUUUGCCUUUGCUGCUGCCGCAGCAACGCUUGUCUCAGUUGCUGCUGCUGCUAAGUCUAUCCGAGUUGCUGCUGUUGCUCUUGCUGGGGCUGUUUCGUUUGCUGCUGCUGCUGCUGCUGCUUUUGCUGCGGGUGUCUCGUGUGCCGCUGCUGCUGCUGCCGGAGAUGCCAUUACUCCUGCUGCUGGCAACGCUUUCGCUGCUGCUUUUGCCGCUGCUGACAAGACCUUCCCCCGCCGCCGCUGCUGCUGCUGCUGCUGCUGCUGCUGCUGCUGCUGCUGCUGCUGCUGCUGCUGCUGCUGGUUCGCAGGGCUGAUGCUGACUGCGUUGCAGCUGUCUCAGCUGAACUUGUCUUUAAAUGUUUUAUUUUAUUUAAUUUCGAAAUUCGGAAAAGGAAAAGUGGCGCUGCUGCUGCGCUCGGUGUCUUGGGCGGGCCACUUGGGGGGCAUUGCUGCGGGGUGUAUGUACACCGAAAUCAAAAGAAGACUCGACGGCGACCCCCGCUGGGGCUCUUUCCUCAACUUGUCUUACGCCUUUUCCGCGCAUGACUGGUCUGCUGCUGCUGCUGCUGCUGCUGCUGCUGCUGCUGCUGCUGCUGCUGCUGCUGCUGCUGUUGCUGUUGCUGCUGCUGCUGUUGCUGUUGCUGCUGCUGCUGUAGCUGUUGCUGCUGCUGUUGCUGUAGCUGUUGUUGCUGCUGCUGUAGCUGUUGCUGCUGCUGCUGUAGCUGUUGCUGCUGCUGUUGCUGUUGCUGCUGCAGUUGCUGCUGCUGUUGCGGUUGCUGGGGUUGCUGCUGUUGUUGCGCUUGCUGGGGUUGCGGCUGCUGCUGCAGCUGCUGCAGCGGCACGCUGCGGUGUUGACGUGUGUCGCUGUUGCUGCUGCUGCUGCACCUUUUGGCAGCUCCUUGCUGCUUUUGGCCAGGCGGCUGCUUUAAUUUCUACUGCUGCCUGA